GACGCGGCUUUCGGCAGCGAGGCGCGGCGUUGUCAAAGGCCUGCACACAACCCCUGCGCAACGCUGAACAGGCGUUUCUUGAAGCAUUACAAGUUGCUCCAGGUGCCCCGGAUACACCACAAUGCAAGUGAUGCGUUCUCCUAUCACCAAAUGGGCGUUAGUGCCCACCAGUGCAUCGCGUUCACCGCGGCGGCAGCUCAGCGUCGGAGCGUAAACAAACUUAAAUCUCGGAGGUAAUGUAGGAGGCUGCAGCCCUGGAUGCCGCCAUGCUAGAAGUGGCCUGCGGCGAGAGCGAACAGGCGCGCAGCUCUAAACCCUCCCCUCGGCGCCUAGAGGAUAUGUUUUCCCGUCUGGACACCCUCUGAACUACAGCAGACGAGAGGCGCGAGUCCGUGCCAAAGGAGGCAUUGUCCGUCAUAGAGUUUCCUUAAAUAAUUAUUGUAUGGAACUCUAUGUUGUCCGUGCCCUGACGUCACGUGAGUGCCGCUCGCAGCGUCCCUGUUGUUCGUUCUCGAAACUAAUUGUGUUGGAGCCGAAGGUUCUCGGCAGACCACGACCUACUGGCAUCAGACGCUGCGCGCCAAGAGACGAUGGAGCUCAGCAGCACUCAAACCGUGUUCGGCUUUGGCUGCGGUCUUGACUGGCGGCCUACCUCGUUCGUGGAAGCCAUCCCCUCGGCGCACGUGUGCAGCGCUUGCAAACUGGUGCCCCGUGUAUUGGCCGCGUUGCCCUGCCGCCACCUGCUUUGUACCCGGUGUUACGUGCACGACGGGAAACAAUUGAACCGCUGUCCGCUGGACAAGAGAACGUUUGAUCAGAAAAAUGUGGUGUUCUCGACCCUCAGCGCAGAAAGUAUUCUUGGUCGCAAAGUGCGUUGCUGGAACGCGGAGAACGGUUGCAGUGCCGAGGGCGCCGCUUCCGCCAUGCUGGAUCACUUUUGCAACGACUGUCAAUUCCAUGCCGUGAGCUGCCACACCUGCGGCAUCAGACUAUUGCACCGGGAGGUCACCAGUCACCUCGAGAGCUGCUUCUCACCUGAGGAAUCUCCCGAAGAAUCUGUUGAGGACUGUCCUGAGGAAUGUUCUCCCGAACAAUCCGAGGUGGAGUACUUUUUAUCUGUCUUCGAGGAAAUGCGAAGAAGGUCAUCUGACGGAAGUGUGAAUGUGCUAACGUGGCGCCCAUCGAGCGUGGAGAGUCCCAGUGCCGAUACAUCAGAAAAGGUUACUGUAGAAACAGGGCAGCCAUCAAGCGGUGAGCACCCCACCUCCGAUAUAAUAAAAGGAAACUUGACUGUACAAACGCGGUACGUAUCAAGCAGCGAGGACCCCACUUCCGAGAGAGAAAGUGAUAUGGCGCAGCUGUCUAUGACUGUAAGCAGCGCAGUAAAAGGCGGCUUGCCAAGUCUGAGCAGGAAUUGCGGUCUCAAGACACUUUCCUCGCGUGGUGAAAUAGACAGCGUUUCAGCAGAAAACGACCCUUUCUUAAGUGCGGUUUCGACACAGGAGCCCAGCAUGAUUACGGACGCAAAGCUACGCGAACUGACAGGCACGUCAACUAAGGAGCAAGACAGCUUUAGCGCUACUGCCGCUCUUCAGCCCAUGCAGGGCAAAGAAGAAGCUUCUGUUGCAACGUCCAGAGUAAUUGACCAAGCCGUUGCCAGUGUUGAUAAUAUUGAUAAAACUGAGCCUCUGGUUGUCCUGUGUCGAGGUGUCAGUUUGGAAAUAUUGAUGGACAUCGAAGAGUGUUGUGAAUUCACAAUAGAAAAUUGGUCAUCUUUCGCCGCAGGCAAAACUCGAGCCGGUAACCAAAAUGGUCGAUGUGACUGUGGCACUCGCCUUUUCGCUUACGGAUAUGUGAUUGUUCCGAAGGUGGUUGUUUCGUCCAACGUAUGUUUCGUUUGUUUUAACGUAUACGCGUUUAAAGGCCCCGACGGCACAGUUUCUGAGCAUCCUUUAGAUAUAAAGUUCAGACUGCGGACCGUUCAUCCCGCUGAUCGCACAAAGGACCUGAGACUGAGCAAGGACGUUAUUUGGCAAGUGUCUUCCCUGGACACGAUAAUGGGUGAAAAAGUGCACUGUAUGUGGGACAGUCAAGAAUUUGUGACUAUUUCAGACAUUGAAGAAGGCGGUUUUGUCGCUAACGAUGAAGUGCGCAUGCGUUUUAAACUGACACCAUGGUAACUAACUUGUGUUGUACUGCGGGUGCGAUAACGAACCGGGCCUUGUAUUAAACCUCACCCCCACCCAUCUUCUUAAUCAGUACUAUUGUUUAGCGCUUUUAUCCGUGU